AUGGCCCCGAAAGAGGACAUGCUGCCCCCGGGCUGGGAUGAUCUAGACAGGCAGAUGGGUCAGCUCUUUAUGAUGGGCUUUGAUGGUACCUCAGUGAGCCCUCAGAUCCGCUCGCUCAUCGAAGACUACCACUUGGGCUCCGUCCUGCUGUCUGCUAAGAAUUUGAAAUCUGCCGAGGAGGCCACCCGACUGGUCCUCGAAUUGCAGACCAUCGCUCGAGAUGCCGGUCAUCUAGUGCCCCUACUUAUCGUGCUCGACCAAGAGAAUGGCGGCGUAAACAGUUUAUACGAUGAGAUAUACAUUCGCCAAUUCCCCAGUGCCAUGGGCAUCGCCGCGACGGGGUCGAAAACGUUGGCGCAUGAGGUUGCAGUGGCGACUGCACAAGAACUAAAGGCCGUCGGUGUCAAUUGGAUUCUCGGCCCCGUUUUAGACGUCUUGACGAACGUACGGAAUCAACCCUUGGGUGUGCGCACCUCUGGCGAUGAUCCACAGGAAGUGUCGCAGUACGGAGUACAGUUCAUGAAGGGAUACCAAGAAGCAGGACUUGCGACAUGCGGCAAACAUUUUCCUUCGUAUGGAAACCUCGAAUUUCUGGGAUCGCACACCGACGUCCCCAUCAUCACCGAAUCGCUUGAACAAUUGAGUCUCACCGCGCUGGUUCCUUUUCGUAAUGCCAUCAUGCAGGGCCUGGAUGCCAUGAUGGUUGGUGGCGUGUCCAUGUCAUCAGCUGGCAUGAAUGUCAUGCACGCCUGUCUCAGUGACCAGGUGGUGGAUGAGCUUCUCAGAAAGGACUUGAAGUUCCAGGGCGUCGUAGUAUCGGAGUGCUUGGAGAUGGAGGCCCUCACCCACAACAUUGGUGUGGGCGGUGGAACGGUCAUGGCGAAGAAUGCCGGUUGCGAUGUCAUCUUGCUGUGUCGGUCAUUCCCCGUGCAGCAAGAGGCAAUCAACGGGUUGAAGUUGGGCGUGGAAAACGGCAUUAUCGGCCGACCUCGAAUUGAGCAAUCGCUUCGUCGUGUCUUGAAUUUGAAAGCUCGAUGCACGUCCUGGGAACAAGCGCUGAACCCGCCAGGCCUUCCCUCACUCACACAAAUGCAGCCAUCACAUACUAACCUCUCCACUCGUGCCUACAACAACUCCAUCACCGUGAUGCGCGACAAGAACAAUUUGCUGCCUCUCUCCAAUAUUAUCGACGCAAGUGAGGAGCUCUUGCUUUUGACACCCUUGGUCAAGCCUCUGGCUGCUUCGGCAGUGUCCUUGUCAGCAAAUGAUACCACUCACGGACCUACCAUGGAUCAAACGGCGAUUGAACGGUCUGCUUCCGUUAUGAGCGGCGAAAGUGUCUUUAAGGAACUAGGGAGGUCUCUCUCACGGCAAAGGAGUGGGCGUGUCCUUCAUACUUCAUAUACACACAAUGGCGUGCGGCCUAUCCACGAGGAUCUCAUCGAACGAGCCAGCGCAGUUAUCGUGGUUACGGCCGACGCAAAUCGGAACCUAUACCAGCAGGCCUUCGCCAAGCAUGUUUCCUUGAUAUGCCAGAAUCAAUUUUCAGCCACCGGCGAGCGUUGCGAAAAACCGUUGAUCGUGGUCGCAGUCAGCUCUCCAUACGACUUUGCGAUGGAUUCUUCAAUCGGUACCUACGUGUGCACCUAUGAUUUCACCGAGACCGCGCUCCAGGCCCUAGUCAAGGUUCUUUAUGGUGACCUAGCACCCACGGGAAGCCUACCUGGUUCAAUCAGUCGGAGUCAGAAAAUCCAUCAAUCACGCCAGCACUGGCUUGUAGAGAAUUGGAACGAGGAGCGGGAUGCUAACGGUCUAGAUGCGCUACUCGACGCUGUCCGUGAGGACUGUGCACAAGGGCAGCGCUCUGAGCUCCUUGGUGCUACCUCCAGCAGCUUCCUCCUGCGCAAGGAAGAUAUCGACGAGGCGCACUUUGUGGUCCGCAAUAGCAGUACACAGGCCCUCUACGGUUUUUGUGCGACCUACUUCUUUCGAUCCACCGGUACGGGCGUUAUUGGAUGUUUGAUUGUUGACCCGUCACGCCGCAAGCUAUCCAUCGGGCACUCACUCCACAGUCGCGCUAUUCGGAACUUGCUUCAACGCAAGGGCAUGAAGCGAUUCCAGCUCGGUUCUAGGCUUCCUGGAAUUUAUCUGGGGAUCCCUACUGCCAGUCACGUCGAGCGCAAGCGACUGCGACAGUGGUUUGCCAACCUUGGCUGGAAUACGUCGCUCUCUCGCCCCGUCUGCAGUGUAAUCCUGCGCAAUCUUUCUACCUGGACACCGCCCGAGGGCCUCACCGUGACGCUGCAGAAUGCCGACGUUGUCUACGACCUCGUCUACGGGUGGGACUAUGCCCGUGCUAUUCUUGAUCACAUCAAGACCAACGCCCGACAAGGUGUCGCCGAUAUUUAUCGGAUUGCCCUGGGUGGCGCACCCAAUUGCGGUAUCAUCCGCGCCAAGCGCUCUACCGACGACAUGAUUCUCGGUAGUAUCGUUGUCUACAAUGAGCGAUCUGCGUUGGCGGAACAUAUGCCCGCUCUGCGUGCCACUCAGACUACUGUCGGGGGCAUCUCCUCGCCGGUCAUCUCGCCAGUUGCGGAUGAUUACUCCACCGUUAUGCAGGGGUUGAUUCUGCUGGCUAUCAAGCAGAUUCGGAAACUGAAUGCCAAUGCGGUGGUGAUGGACUGUGUCGAUGGUGAUGGCAACUUUGACUGUCUCUCCUCGAUGGGGUUCAGCAUGCUGCACAACUUCGAGGAGGUUAACUGCGAUGCAGCCACCUGGACGAUGAUGCAUCCGUCAUAG